AUGCUCUUCCCCAUGACUGAUUACACUGUCUUUGCGCAUCCCGAUUUUGAGCCAAACGACUAUGCGAAUGCUCUACUAGCUGGCGAGCCCUAUCCGCCGACAACCGGUCAGGCCGUGAAGAAGGGUUUCAAUGGAAAGCCGACGGCGACGGGCAGCGAUGCAGAGGAUAUUUCUGUCGCAAUAUCUAAGCUGUCGUUUAACAUUGAGGAUGUAGAGAAGCAGCUGAAGAAUGUCGUUACGACCCAUCAUGAGGGCUUGCUAGUCCAAGCUGCCGGGGUCACCGAUAUAGAGGGCUCUUUAUCAGCCGUGAAGGGCGGUUUGACAGAGCUCGACGGCUCUCUCGACAAAUUGCGCCAGAAGAUCCGCACACCAUAUCUCACGCUCUCAUCGCACGUUACCCGCCUUGAACAAUUACAACAAGCAUCAGACAUCCUACGUCGUACCUCUCGUUUCGUUGUUCUGACAAGACGGCUGCAGAUGCAGCUGACCGAGAUGGACCACGCUUCCAAAGAAGAUGCAAUAGUGUCGGUGUCAACAUCGGGUGCUACACCAAACAAUACAAUCAACGGCGGGGGGAUAUCAGGGUCAUCAAGGAAAAGUACAGACUCACUUGUGACCGGUGCUAUGAUUGAGGAAGACGAGAAAGAGCGGACGAUUGCGAAAGCUGCGUUGAGUAUAGCUGAACUCGUAUCACUUCUUCAUCCACCUGAUGCAGGAGCUUCUGAACACAACGGCGAUGCAUCCGCCUCUUCGAUUGAACUCUCCUCUGUAAAGGCUGUCGCAGCUUACCUACCGCUCAUCGACUCUGCACGCUCCCGUGUUACCUCUGACAUGGAACAAAUGGUUAUCAGUGGACUUCGAACGCUAAAUCAAACCCUGCUCGCCUCUUCCCUUCAGACAGCACACAACCUCCGUGUGCUACCCGACCUUGUGCAGAACCUCGUCUCAGAUCUCAGCGAUGCCGUCGAAGGACGGAUACGAUAUGCCCUUGACCUAACGCGAAUUGCGAAGGAGGUUCUUCCCAAAGAACAAGCUUCAACUCCAACAUCCAUGUACAAGUCGCGCUUUCGGACGGAGCCGACAAACAUCACAGCGCCACAGUGGCAAGCUGCGCUUUGGGCAAGCCUCGAGAGCCUUGUUGAGGAGAUGGCCGACUGCUGCGUCAAAGUGUACACGCUGGAGAAGGUGCUCACGAAUAAGAAGGAUGCUGUCACUAAGGUCGGGUUCUUUGACGAGGCGAUGAAAGUGCUCGAGAACAAGCCGAGCGCGACAUUCUGGGCGGCCCUUGGGCGGAGCCUUGAAAAGCAAUUCAAGGAAGCGACUAAAAGCUCAACAUUCCUGCAGCAAACAUUGAGUGCGGGAUACCCACGGCUACUACGGCUGUUUCACUCUUUCUUCGCUAAGAUUGCGGUGCACACAGACACUAUUUAUUCACAGGCACAGCAAAGCCCGGACACCAUCCUUGUGUUGCGUGCACUCUCGCUUUUUGAGUCCUCGUAUCUCACACGUUCGAGCACACGUAUCAACGAGGGCGUCUCCAAUGCAUUUGCAGGAGGCGCACGCGCGUCGCCAGGACAGGCAGAGGGCACCAACGUAGCGCGCGCCGUUGCAAACGAGCUCGACAGUGCUAAAUUCGACCCAUUGCUCGUCAAGGCAGUCGCACGGAACGCGGCGGCGAGUCUUGAGGCAUUUGUGAACCGUCUGGACGGCCUGAUAUCGAGGGAGCGUGCAGCGAUCAGUCUUCUCGGCCCAACGGCGACGAGCCAGCAAGUCCUGAAUGGCUCGCUUGCGACAUGCCUAUACCACUGCUGGAGCCGGCUUGACAAGCUACAAGAAGAGUACCCGGAAGGUGUCGUCGCUAUUUUGAGGCCAAGCGUCGACAACAUCCAUAAAAGGUUCACGCAGAUUAUCGAUCCACUACUUGCUGCCGUUCGCCGCGAGGUCGGCGCAAUAAUCGCAAAGCUACAUCGUAUGGACUUCAGCGACGCCGUAGACCCGAUGAGCGCUAUGGGCGGGGGCGCGAGUCCCUAUAUGAAAGAUUUAGCAGAGAAGCUGACGUUCGUCAAGACCGAAGUGUUUGCGCUCUACGGUAUACCAGAGCUCGUGCGCGACUGGGUGAAGGACAUUGCGAAAUACGUUAUCAAGACUUUCCUCCUGCAUGCGUCGAUCGCGAAGCCGCUCGGCGAGUCCGGCAAGCUGCAGCUUACGAGCGACAUGACCGAGUUCGAGUUCGCGCUGAGCGCGUUCAUGACUGAGCCCGGCGCCAAGAAGCGCGGGGCUGACUGGAAGACCGUCGGAGAGGAGUACCGCGCAUUGCGGGCAAUGCGGCAGCUGCUCUUCCUUGACAAUACACUUCUGGCCUCGCCGAAGCACACGGUCGGGCUGCCUCCACUGCUGGUAUUGCACCACGUCCUUGUGCGCUCGCCCAUUGCGCUGCCGCACACGCUUCACGGCUGGGCUGAGGCGGAGUAUGUGCGCUGGGUGAACGAGCACACGCCUGAGGAGGCGUGGACGCUCGUCGAGGGCGGACUCGCGCACUGGGAGGGCGUCGCACAGGCAGAGGGCACCGAUACCGAGACGGCGCGAGAAUACGUCGACCUGGCGCGGACAGUGCUGAAGAACGCGAUGGAAGGGGCGGGACAAUGAGAUGUAGUGCAGUAUUCCUAGUCUUACAUGAUAUCCAACAGAGCCCAAAAUGCCACAGCUUGUGCUGCUACACAGAUACGAUACGACUUGCUCAAGAGCGGGGACGAACUAGAGUUUCGCCCUUGCGUCCCCUUGCUCGUCCCGAAUGCGGACGACGACCUUUCCCCACGUCUUCCGUUUCUCAAUCGCAUCGAGGCCCUCCGCAAGCCGUUCGAAAGGGAAGAUCUCGGGGUAGACGACAGGCUUGACCUUGCCUGUGGAGAGCAGCCUUUACGACAACAGGGUCAGGGCAGAUGGCAUCGUGGGAAUAGAAGUACUUACGCGAGCAGCUCUUUCCAGACGACUGAGAUGCGCUUCGGGUCUUUGACUAUCAAAAAUGAGUGCCAGCUAACGUAGACAGAUCGUUCAAAACUAACUGGCGGUGCCGCCCCAGAAUACACCCAUAACAGUGACACCUUUCAGAAGCACAAGAUUAAGCGGAAGCUGCAAAGAAGGAAGUGAGACUGGCAGAGUUCAGAGCUAUAGGUUCUCCCCACCUUUUCAAUCUCACCCCCAGCAAAGCCAAUGACCAGCAGCCUGCACUUCCAGGCCGCACACUUGAGGCAGUCGCGAAUUUUGCCGACGGGAUCGUACACGACGUCGACGCCACGGCCGCCUGUGAUGUUGAGCACCUCCUUCUGCCAGUCUGGCUUGGUGUAGUUGACCGCAUAGUCGGCGCCUCCGUGCUUGACGGCAAUAUCGAGCUUCUCUUGGGUGCCUGCGGCCGCUAUGACCUUUGCGCCGAGCACUACACGUCUGAG